AUGAAAAGUUGGUCUAGUGGUUUACAAUUAGCUCGUAUAACUCAUUGGGGUGGAAUGAUAUCAACUCCAAAUAUUAUUUUACAAAAUUCUAUAAAAAAUGCAUUACUUGAAAGUGGUUGUCCAAUUAAUAUAACAAAUGAACUUAUGGAAAAUGCACAUGAACGACAUUGGCCAGAAGGACUUUCAACACUUGAAACUCGACAAUUAAAUAGACGACAUUAUGAAAGUUAUUUAUGUCGACGUAUUAUUGGUGAACAAGCAGUUGUUAUACUUAGUUGUGAUAAUCGACAUAUGAAUCAAUCAAUGAUUAGUGAACCAGGCAUUGUGGUGAUAUUUUCACAGGGUGUCAAAUGA